AUUGACGCUAUAGAGAUUCAUCAAAGAACUAUUGAGUUUUUUGAAUAUUUGUCAUCUACAUUUUCGUUAUCCUAUUUUAUUCUAAUGAUUUUGGAUGUAAUUUCUUUAAGUCUAAAUUUAUUCCGUCUUUUUCAAGUUGCAAUAUUACCAGAUCAAAAAAAAAAAUCUGCAUCAUUUGUGAUAUUUGUAUCUGGUCACUUUUGCUAUAUGUUUAUAUGUAAUUAUUUAGGACAGAAGAUAAUCGAUAACAGUACUGAGAUUUAUAAUGAAGUAUACAAUACACAAUGGUAUGCAGCGCCUAUAAAAACACAAAAAUUGUUAUUAUUUAUAAUGCAAAGGAGUAUAAAAUCUUGCAAACUUGUUUUGGGUGGUAUAUAUUAUGUAUCAGUGGAAAAUUUUACUACGCUUGCAAGUAUGUCACUAUCUUACUUCACAGUACUUUAUUCUAUGCAGAAAUGA